AUGUCCGACGAUGAGGUCGACCUGGAGCUGCUAGACCUUAUGCGGAAGCAUUGGGGUGGCGGUGUCAAACAAGACGGUCCCCCGGAAACAAGAGUGCUCGAAAAUGCUCAAUUCAUCUACGACAAUAGCCUUGAUGUUGCGCUGGACAUGCGGUCGACAAAAGUCGCAGCUCAGCUUGUGCUCGAUGAAAUGGAAAAGCGUGAGUAUUCAACAAAAUCAUGGUCCGAGCACGAACUGCAUCCGAAAACCAAGGAUGAGAACACUGUCAACUUUAUCUUCACAAUGGACCUGCUGAACUUCAGCUUCUGGAGUGAAAAGAAUGAUGAAGACCGGUUUGCUGUAGUCUACAAGGGAAAGAGGUGGACUGGCUAUUGGAGCCUAGUAGCAAUACUUCAAAGAGCCCUAGAGCAAGAAAUCCCCAUCACUAGUCCAGAGUUCUGGGUUGACCAGGAGGCAUGUUCAGAAGAAGUGCUGCGCACGGUAUUUAGUUCUGGCACGGACGAGGAGAUCCCCAUGUUUGAGCAAAGGGUACGGUGUCUGCAAGAGGCUGGACAGAUUCUAGAGGAGGAGUUUGACGGUAGCGUGGUCACCCUCAUUGAGGAUGCAAAUAAUUCAGCAGCCAGCCUAGUCAACUUACUUGCCGAAAAGUUCAAUUGCUUCCGAGAUGAGGGCACUUUUGAAAACAAAAAGGUGCGCUUCUUGAAGCGGGCCCAGAUCUUCGUAGCAGACUUAUGGGCGGCUUUUGAAGGCGAGGGAUAUGGUGAAUUUAACGAUAUCGACAAGAUCACCAUGUUCGCAGACUACCGCAUACCGCAGAUGCUGCAUUCAUUAGGCAUCAUAUGGUACUGCCCGCCUCUCGAGAACAAAAUCCGCCGUCUUGAAAUUAUCGAAUCAGGGCAUACUUGGGAAAUGCAAAUACGCGGGUGCAGCAUCUGGGCCGUGGAACUUCUCCGCCGUGAGAUCAGCAAACUCAAACCAGAUACGGAGGUUAAUGCGAUUCUCAUUGACUUCUUCCUAUACGAUUUGGCCAAGGAAAAAGAGAAGGAAGGGGUAGACGUAAUCCCGCAUCACCGGACGAGAAGUAUAUGGUAUUGA